GUGGGCAUUGGUGGCCCCUCGGCAGCAGAAGCUGAGCAGAGGCUGCCCAAAGGGCUGGGGGAAGGGUGAAAACAGCAAGCAGCAGCAGCAGCAGCAACAUAUAAAUCGAGCAGCCAAAACCACCCCGCAGGAAAGGAGAGAGGAGCGGGCAGGAGAGCCCAGGGAGGCUCUGUGCAUUCGCUCUCUCUUGACAGGAGCUUUCGGCAGCCCUUGGGCAUCUUUUCCAUCGGUGUCCCAGGGAAGAGCAUCCUUCAGGAGGAACAGCUGGAGACCAGACAGCAGAGAAAUCAAACAAAUCACCAGCGAUUAGCCCUUCCCAGGGGCAGGUGGGAGGGGGUGGGGGGGAGAGAGAAAGGAGUUUAGGGGAAUGAAGCUGGAGGAUGCUGAGACUCCGGGAGGAAAAGUUGCCCUGACGAGAGACUCUGCCUGCUAGAGCCUGAGCUCUGCUCCACGAUGGCAUUUCUUGUGUCUGAAGGAAACCUCCUGCUGCUGCUCUGUGCCAGCAUCUUCCCCGCCUUUGGCCAGGUGGAGACCCGAGCCCACGCGGAGGAGCGUCUGCUGAAGAAGCUCUUCUCUGGCUACAACAAGUGGUCCCGGCCGGUCGCCAACAUCUCUGACGUGGUGCUGGUCCGCUUCGGCUUGUCCAUUGCCCAGCUCAUCGAUGUGGAUGAGAAAAACCAAAUGAUGACCACGAACGUGUGGGUGAAGCAGGAGUGGCACGACUACAAGCUCCGCUGGGACCCCCAGGAGUACGAGAACGUCACAUCCAUCCGCAUCCCCUCCGAGCUCAUCUGGAGGCCAGACAUUGUCCUCUACAACAAUGCUGAUGGUGACUUUGCAGUCACUCACCUGACCAAGGCUCACCUCUUCUAUGAUGGCAGAAUCAAAUGGAUGCCACCUGCUAUCUAUAAAAGCUCCUGCAGCAUCGAUGUUACCUUCUUCCCCUUUGACCAGCAAAACUGUACAAUGAAGUUUGGCUCCUGGACUUAUGACAAAGCCAAGAUAGACCUGGUGAGCAUGCACAGUCAUGUGGACCAGCUGGACUACUGGGAGAGCGGGGAGUGGGUCAUCAUCAACGCUGUGGGCAAUUACAACAGCAAGAAAUAUGAAUGCUGCACUGAGAUCUACCCUGAUAUAACUUACUCCUUCAUUAUCCGGAGGCUGCCACUCUUCUACACCAUCAACCUGAUCAUCCCCUGCCUGCUGAUCUCCUGCCUGACCGUCCUGGUCUUCUACUUGCCCUCCGAGUGUGGAGAGAAGAUAACUUUGUGCAUCUCUGUGCUGCUGUCCCUCACCGUGUUCCUGCUGCUCAUCACAGAGAUCAUCCCAUCUACCUCCUUGGUCAUCCCUCUGAUUGGAGAGUAUCUCCUCUUCACCAUGAUAUUUGUUACCUUGUCUAUCAUCAUCACUGUCUUUGUGCUCAACGUGCACCAUCGCUCCCCACGUACCCACACGAUGCCUGACUGGGUGAGGAGGAUCUUCCUCGACAUCGUCCCACGCCUCCUCUUCAUGAAACGUCCCUCCACUGUGAAAGACAACUGCAAGAAGCUCAUAGAAUCCAUGCACAAAGUAUCCAACACACCAAGGCUCUGGGCAGAGAUCGAUGUGGAUCCCAACUUCACUACCUCAUCUUCCCCCAGCCCCCAGAGUAACGAACCAUCCCCCACAUCGUCCUUCUGUGCCCACCUCGAGGAGCCGACCAAACCUCAGCCUAUCUGCAAAUCCCCUUCUGGGCAGUAUACUGUGCUGCACCCAGAGCCUGUGCCAGUGACCUGCUCCUCUCCACAACCCUCAUGCCACCCCCUGAGGGACACUCAGACCACCUCCAUCUUGAAAGGCAGAUCACUAAGUGUUCAGCAGAUGUACAGCCCCAACAAGGCAGAGGAAGGGAGCAUCCGCUGUAGGUCCCGGAGCAUCCAGUACUGCUACCUGCAGGAGGACUCAUCCCAGACCAACGGCCAGUCCACCACUGGAGGCUCUCCAGCCUCUCAGAGGUGCCACCUGAACGAAGAGCAGCCCCAGCACAAGCGACCUCAGUGCAAGUGCAAGUGCAAAAAGAGGGAGGCUGCUGGCUCAGCAGCUCCAGGGAGCAAAGCUCCCAGCGCCAAGGAGCAGCACCUGGUGCUGAUGUCCCCAGCGCUGAAGCUGGCGGUGGAAGGCGUUCACUACAUCGCCGACCACCUGCGAGCAGAGGACGCGGACUUCUCGGUGAAAGAAGACUGGAAGUACGUUGCCAUGGUCAUUGACAGGAUCUUCCUCUGGAUGUUCAUCAUCGUGUGCUUGCUGGGAACUGUUGGCCUCUUCCUUCCACCAUGGUUGGCAGGAAUGAUCUAAGUAUAAGCCCUGAAGGAUGGGAGUAUAUCCCCCUCUGUGGAUUUCAAGUCACCUGGAAGGAGAGGAGAGAAGCAGAGGAGGAGGCAGCCCUUUGAAUAAUUUACCAUGUGUCUGUGCUUGAGUUGUUCCAGAGCUUUCUGGGAAUACUUUCUGAGGUCACACCAUUUUGCCAAGCCAUUUUCCACCUCCUCCAUCUAAUUUAGAGGGGGAGGAAAAAAAGGUUCUCAUUAAAAUCUGUACAUAGCAUGGUGGCAUUCAUUGGCAUCCACUCAGCAGUGUAAGAACACGAGCUCUUGUUCCCUAAAGCAGCACAAGAAGAGGCUUCACAUCUACAAACCAAUUAGCUCCAGUUGUCUCCAGAGGUCUCAGUGUGCCCUGCCUAGCUGAAUACUGAAGUGGUCCAGGACCAUGCAUCUCUGUAUGAGUCAUUUUCUAAAUAAAAGUCCAGAUUUGGGA